GUUGGCUGGUUUCCAACUUCACUCUGCCACUCACCCAUUUAUGGGGCACUUGAGUGUCAAAUUUCAUGCUGCCUUUCUUUGUUUAACUUAGUGUUGCUUUGGUUCCGAACAAUGGAGUUAUGAUAUGAGGUUGUUUCUCUUACAGUUACUAAACUGUGUGUGUCCUGAGAUGAAAUUCUUACAGUGUUUUUAUUUCACCAGUGCUCUGCUGUGUGUUACCAUACAGAUCUUGUUUGCCUUUGGACUGCAUUGAUGGUCUGUACCUUUCCAUUACAUCGCCAGAUCUGUUUGAAGGAAUGUAUCUGAUGACUGGAAGUAUUCCCUAUGGUCAAGCAAUGUUUUCGGCCAUUCUUGGUUUUUUUCAUUAAAUGAAUUUAAAUUUUGAGGUAUCUUUAGAGGGCUCCUACAAGUGAUCUGGAACCAUGGUGGCUCUAUCCUUGAAGAUCUGUGUCCGCCAGUGCAAUGUGGUGAAGACCAUGCAAUUUGAACCAUCCACCGCAGUAUAUGAUGCAUGUAGAGUUAUUCGUGAGCGAGUGCCUGAGGCUCAAACAGGGCAAGCCUCUGACUAUGGAUUGUUCUUGUCCGAUGAAGAUCCUCGGAAAGGUAUUUGGUUAGAAGCUGGAAGAACACUGGAUUAUUACAUGCUGAGAAGUGGGGAUAUUUUGGAGUACAAAAAGAAACAGAGACCUCAGAAAAUACGGAUGCUGGAUGGAUCUGUGAAAACGGUUAUGGUGGAUGAUUCUAAAACUGUUGGCGAAUUGCUAGUUACCAUUUGCAGCAGGAUAGGAAUAACCAAUUAUGAAGAAUACUCUCUAAUCCAGGAGAGCAUUGAGGAGAAGAAGGAGGAAGGUACAGGUACACUUAAGAAAGACAGGACGUUGUUACGAGAUGAAAGAAAAAUGGAGAAGUUGAAGGCAAAACUUCAUACAGAUGAUGAUUUAAACUGGCUAGAUCACAGUCGAACAUUCAGAGAACAAGGAGUUGAUGAAAAUGAAACACUGCUGCUGAGGCGGAAAUUCUUUUAUUCAGACCAGAAUGUAGAUUCUAGAGAUCCUGUUCAGCUGAACUUGCUUUAUGUUCAGGCUCGAGAUGACAUUCUGAAUGGCUCCCAUCCGGUCUCCUUUGAGAAGGCUUGCGAGUUUGGAGGCUUUCAAGCACAAAUCCAGUUUGGACCUCAUGUAGAGCACAAACACAAACCUGGAUUUUUAGAUCUGAAAGAAUUCCUGCCUAAAGAAUACAUCAAACAAAGAGGAGCUGAAAAGAAAAUAUUUCAGGAACAUAAAAACUGUGGAGAGAUGACUGAAAUUGAAGCCAAAGUGAAGUAUGUGAAGCUAGCACGCUCCCUCAGGACAUAUGGUGUGUCCUUUUUUCUUGUUAAGGAAAAAAUGAAAGGCAAAAACAAGCUGGUGCCUCGUUUGCUGGGUAUCACCAAAGACUCAGUGAUGCGUGUGGAUGAGAAGACAAAGGAGGUGUUGCAGGAAUGGCCACUGACAACUGUGAAGCGGUGGGCUGCCUCUCCAAAAAGCUUCACUCUGGAUUUUGGUGAAUAUCAAGAAAGUUAUUACUCAGUUCAAACCACUGAAGGUGAACAGAUCUCUCAGCUAAUUGCAGGUUACAUUGAUAUCAUCUUAAAGAAGAAACAAAGUAAGGAUAGAUUUGGGCUCGAAGGGGAUGAGGAAUCAACAAUGUUGGAAGAAUCUGUGUCACCUAAGAAAUCUACCAUCUUGCAGCAGCAGUUCAACCGAACUGGGAAGGUAGAACAUGGCUCGGUGGCACUGCCUGCGGUGAUGCGUUCAGGCUCCAGUGGCCCAGAGACUUUCAAUAUUGGCAGCAUGCCUUCGCCCCAGCAACAAGUCAUGAUUGGACAAAUGCACAGAGGCCACAUGCCUCCCCUGACCUCAGCGCAGCAGGCCUUGAUGGGAACUAUUAAUACUAGUAUGCAUGCUGUUCAUCAGGCACAGUCUGACCUCAAUGAAGUUGAUAACCUACCACCUCUAGGACAAGAUAUGGCAUCGAGGAUGUGGGUUCAGAACAAAGUUGAUGAAUCAAAACAUGAGAUUCACUCUCAGGUUGAUGCUAUCACUGCAGGAACUGCCUCUGUUGUUAACCUCACAGCAGGUGACCCAGUUGACACUGAUUACACCGCGGUGGGAUGUGCAAUUACAACCAUCUCUUCCAACUUGACUGAAAUGUCCAAGGGUGUAAAACUGCUCGCUGCCCUAAUGGACGAUGAAGUUGGAAGUGGGGAGGACCUGCUGAAAGCUGCUCGGACUCUGGCAGGCGCUGUCUCGGACCUGCUGAAAGCUGUGCAGCCUACCUCGGGAGAGCCUCGCCAAACAGUUUUAACUGCAGCUGGAAGCAUUGGACAAGCCAGUGGGGAGCUCCUGAGACAGAUAGGCGAGAAUGAAACUGAUGAAAGAUUUCAGGAUGUACUGAUGAGUCUUGCCAAAGCUGUAGCAAAUGCUGCUGCCAUGUUGGUGUUGAAAGCUAAGAAUGUGGCUCAAGUUGCUGAAGAUAUGGUCCUUCAGAACAGGGUUAUUGCUGCUGCUACGCAAUGUGCACUGUCCACCUCUCAGCUUGUGGCGUGUGCCAAGGUUGUGAGUCCCACUAUCAGCUCUCCCGUAUGCCAGGAACAACUAAUCGAGGCUGGAAAGCUGGUGGAUCGUUCAGUGGAGAAUUGUGUCAGGGCCUGUCAGGCUGCCACAGAUGACUCUGAGCUGUUGAAGCAGGUCAGCGCAGCAGCCAGUAUAGUCAGCCAGGCCCUGAAUGACCUCUUGCAGCAUGUCCGGCAGUUUGCCAGCAGAGGAGAGCCCAUCGGACGCUACGACCAGGCAACAGAUACCAUUAUGUGUGUCACUGAAAGUAUCUUCAGUUCCAUGGGGGAUGCUGGUGAAAUGGUGCGGCAGGCCAGGGUACUUGCUCAAGCCACUUCAGAUCUUGUCAAUGCUAUGAGGUCAGAUGCUGAGGCAGAAAUUGACAUGGACAACUCUAAAAAGCUUCUAGCUGCGGCUAAACUUUUGGCAGAUUCUACAGCCCGCAUGGUUGAAGCGGCGAAGGGGGCUGCGGCAAAUCCGGAAAAUGAAGAUCAACAGCAGAGACUAAGAGAAGCAGCAGAGGGACUACGGGUUGCCACAAAUGCAGCCGCUCAGAAUGCUAUCAAGAAGAAAAUUGUCAACAGAUUAGAGAUUGCGGCUAAACAGGCAGCAGCUGCUGCCACUCAGACGAUUGCAGCCUCUCAGAAUGCAGCUGUUUCCAACAAGAACACGGUAGCCCACCAGCAACUUGUCCAGAGCUGCAAGAAUGUUGCUGACCACAUUCCCCAACUGGUGCAGGGUGUGAGGGGAAGCCAGGCUCAGGCAGAAGACCUCAGUGCUCAGUUGGCUCUGAUAAAUUCCAGUCAGAACUUCCUUCAGCCUGGAAGUAAGAUGGUGGCAUCAGCCAAAGCUGCAGUACCGACUGUAAGUGAUCAAGCCGCAGCAAUGCAGCUAAGCCAGUGUGCUAAGAAUCUUGCAACAAGCUUAGCUGAGUUAAGAACUGCCUCCCAAAAGGCUCAUGAGGCUUGUGGCCCUAUGGAAAUUGAUUCUGCUUUGAACACUGUUCAGACACUCAGAAAUGAACUGCAAGAUGCGAAGAUGGCUGCUCUAGAUGGACAGUUAAAACCACUCCCAGGAGAAACGUUGGAGAAAUGUGCUCAGGACCUUGGAAGUACCUCCAAAGCUGUUGGUUCCUCAAUGGCACAGCUAUUGACUUGUGCCGCUCAAGGCAAUGAGCACUACACAGGGGUUGCUGCCAGGGAGACGGCUCAGGCUCUGAAGACUUUGGCUCAGGCAGCACGAGGUGUUUCAGCAUCCACCACUGACCCAGUGGCAGCACAUGCAAUGUUAGAUUCUGCAAGGGAUGUCAUGGAAGGCUCUGCGAUGCUUAUUCAGGAAGCAAAACAGGCUCUGGUUGCACCUGGGGAUGCAGAAAGUCAGCAGAGGUUAGCUCAGGUGGCCAAAGCAGUGUCUCACUCAUUAAAUAACUGCGUUAAUUGUCUGCCUGGACAAAAAGAUGUUGAUGUGGCCUUGAAGAGCAUUGGAGAAUCCAGCAAGAAACUUCUUAUUGAUUCGCUGCCUCCAAGUUCUAAAUCUUUCCAAGAAGCCCAAAGUGAACUGAACCAGGCUGCAGCUGACCUAAACCAAUCAGCAGGAGAAGUGGUUCAUGCUACCCGGGGCCAAAGCGGAGAGUUGGCAGCAGCCUCUGGAAAAUUCAGUGAUGACUUCGAUGAGUUCCUUGAUGCUGGUAUUGAAAUGGCUGGUCAAGCACAAACUAAAGAGGACCAGAUUCAAGUAAUAGGGAACCUCAAGAACAUCUCUAUGGCCUCCAGCAAGCUGCUGUUGGCCGCCAAGUCUCUUUCAGUUGAUCCUGGAGCUCCUAAUGCCAAGAACCUCCUAGCUGCAGCUGCAAGAGCUGUGACGGAGAGUAUUAAUCAGCUCAUCACUCUGUGCACCCAACAGGCGCCUGGGCAAAAGGAAUGUGACAAUGCUCUCCGAGAAUUGGAGACAGUUAAGGGAAUGCUGGAUAACCCCAAUGAACCCGUAAGCGACCUCUCAUACUUCGAUUGUAUUGAGGGUGUUAUGGAAAACUCCAAGGUCCUUGGAGAAUCAAUGGCAGGCAUUUCCCAGAAUGCCAAGAUUGGGGAUCUUCUGGUCUUUGGAGAAUGUGUUGGAGUUGCUUCCAAAGCUCUUUGUGGUCUCACAGAGGCUGCAGCUCAGGCUGCUUACCUGGUUGGCAUCUCAGACCCUAACAGUCAAGCUGGUCACCAGGGCCUUGUUGAUCCUAUCCAGUUUGCCAGGGCCAAUCAGGCGAUCCAGAUGGCAUGCCAAAAUCUAGUGGACCCAGCUAGUAGCCCUUCGCAGGUUUUGUCAGCUGCCACAAUAGUGGCCAAGCAUACUUCUGCUUUGUGUAACGCUUGUCGUAUUGCUUCAUCGAAGACAGCCAACCCUGUUGCCAAGAGACAUUUCGUGCAAUCAGCUAAGGAAGUUGCAAACAGCACCGCCAACCUGGUGAAAACUAUCAAGGCCCUGGAUGGUGAUUUCUCUGAAGAUAACCGCAACAAGUGUAGAAUUGCAACUGCACCUUUGAUUGAAGCUGUGGAAAAUCUGACAGCAUUUGCUUCCAAUCCAGAGUUUGUCAGUGUACCAGCCCAAAUCAGCAUGGAGGGAUCCCGAGCACAGGAGCCAAUUCUGAUUUCUGCCAAGACGAUGCUGGAAAGCUCAGCUCUGUUGAUCAAAACUGCUCGUUCGCUAGCCAUCAAUCCCAAAGACCCACCUACCUGGUCUGUACUCGCUGGGCAUUCACAUACGGUUUCAGAUUCAAUUAAGAGUCUGAUCACGUCCAUUAGGGACAAAGCCCCGGGCCAGAGAGAAUGUGAUUACUCCAUUGAUGGAAUCAAUAGAUGUAUUAGAGAUAUUGAACAAGCUUCCCUUGCAGCAGUCAGUCAGAACUUGGCCACAAGAGACGACAUCUCAGUUGAGGCUUUACAGGAACAGUUGACAUCAGUUGUUCAGGAAAUCGGGCAUCUUAUUGAUCCCAUAGCAACAGCAGCCCGAGGAGAGGCAGCUCAGCUGGGACACAAGGUUACGCAACUGGCAAGUUACUUUGAACCCCUGAUUUUAGCAGCAGUUGGAGUGGCAUCCAAAAUGCUAGAUCAUCAGCAACAGAUGACUGUCCUGGACCAGACAAAGACGCUAGCAGAAUCUGCCCUCCAGAUGCUGUAUGCAGCUAAAGAAGGAGGAGGAAAUCCCAAGGCAUCUCACACUCAUGAUGCAAUCACAGAGGCUGCUCAGCUGAUGAAGGAGGCAGUAGAUGAUAUAAUGGUUACAUUGAAUGAGGCUGCCAGUGAAGUGGGCAUGGUUGGAGGUAUGGUAGACUCGAUAGCAGAGGCCAUGAACAAGCUGGAUGAGGGCACACCUCCAGAUCCAAAGGGAUCAUUUGUUGAUUAUCAAACUACUGUAGUGAAAUAUUCCAAAGCCAUUGCUGUAACAGCACAGGAAAUGAUGACUAAGUCGGUUACUAACCCGGAGGAAUUGGGAGGACUUGCAUCACAAAUGACCAAUGACUAUGGGCAUUUGGCUCUCCAGGGCCGAAUGGCAGCAGCUACCGCUGAACCAGAGGAGAUAGGAUUCCAGAUCAGGACUCGGGUACAAGAUCUUGGUCAUGGAUGUAUCUUUCUAGUACAGAAAGCUGGAGCGCUACAGAUUUGCCCCACGGAUGGAUACACUAAAAGGGAGUUGAUAGAAUGUGCUCGUGCUGUCACUGAAAAGGUUUCCUUGGUUCUGUCUGCCCUUCAAGCAGGAAACAAAGGUACUCAGGCUUGUAUCACUGCAGCUAGUGCUGUGUCGGGGAUAAUUGCAGAUCUGGACACAACUAUCAUGUUUGCUACAGCUGGAACCCUUAAUGCUGAGAACAAUGAAUCAUUUGCGGAUCACAGGGAAAAUAUCCUGAAAACAGCAAAAGCUUUAGUUGAAGAUACAAAAUUGCUCGUGUCUGGAGCUGCCUCAAGUCCAGAUAAACUAGCCCAAGCGGCUCAGUCAUCAGCUACCACCAUUACACAACUUGCAGAGGUGGUUAAACUGGGAGCAGCCAGCUUGGGAUCAGAUGACCCUGAAACACAGGUUGUACUGAUCAAUGCUAUCAAGGAUGUUGCUAAAGCCCUUUCUGAUCUCAUUGGUGCUACAAAAGGAGCUGCCAGCAAACCAGCAGAUGAUCCAUCCAUGUACCAGCUCAAAGGUGCAGCCAAGGUGAUGGUAACCAAUGUCACAUCGCUUCUGAAGACUGUUAAAGCAGUAGAAGAUGAAGCUACUCGAGGCACAAGAGCACUCGAGGCCACAAUUGAGUGUAUCAAACAGGAACUCACGGUGUUUCAGUCAAAGGAGGUUCCAGAAAAGACAUCAUCACCUGAAGAAUCGAUCCGGAUGACGAAAGGAAUCACCAUGGCAACUGCCAAAGCUGUUGCAGCUGGGAACUCAUGCAGACAGGAGGAUGUGAUUGCUACAGCGAAUCUGAGCCGCAAAGCAGUAGCUGAUAUGCUAACAGCUUGUAAGCAAGCUUCCUAUCACUCAGACGUGAGUGAAGAUGUUCGAGCGAGAGCACUGCGAUUUGGAACAGAAUGUACCCUGGGAUACUUGGAACUCCUAGAACAUGUCCUCCUGAUUCUUCAGAAGCCAACCCCAGAACUGAAGCAUCCAUUGGCUGCCUUAUCAAAGCGUGUUGCUGGUGCUGUGACAGAGCUUAUCCAGGCAGCAGAAGCAAUGAAAGGCACAGAGUGGGUGGAUCCAGAGGACCCGACAGUCAUUGCUGAGACAGAGCUAUUGGGGGCUGCAGCUUCAAUAGAGGCUGCAGCAAAGAAGUUAGAGCAGUUGAAACCAAGAGCCAAGCCAAAGCAAGCUGACGAGACUCUGGAUUUUGAAGAACAGAUCCUAGAAGCAGCUAAAUCCAUUGCAGCUGCUACUAGCGCCCUAGUCAAGUCGGCCUCGGCAGCCCAGAGGGAGCUGGUGGCUCAAGGAAAGGUUGGAGCUAUCCCUGCAAAUGCAGCAGAUGAUGGACAGUGGUCUCAGGGACUUAUUUCUGCUGCCCGAAUGGUGGCGGCUGCAACCAGCAAUCUGUGUGAGGCAGCUAAUGCCUCUGUACAAGGUCAUGCUAGUGAGGAAAAACUCAUCUCAUCUGCCAAACAAGUUGCAGCUUCUACAGCACAGCUGCUUGUGGCUUGCAAAGUGAAGGCUGAUCAAGACUCUGAAGCCAUGAGAAGACUACAGGCUGCAGGGAACGCUGUCAAACGAGCAUCCGACAAUCUUGUCAGGGCAGCCCAGAAAGCAGCGUUUAGGAAAGCUGAUGACGAUGACGUGGUGGUCAAAACCAAGUUUGUGGGUGGCAUUGCUCAGAUCAUUGCAGCCCAGGAGGAAAUGCUGAAGAAGGAAAGAGAGCUGGAAGAGGCCAGGAAAAAACUGGCUCAGAUCCGCCAACAGCAGUAUAAAUUUCUCCCCACAGAAUUGAGGGAAGAUGAAGGCUAAACUGCUGAGAUGUGAGGGUUUUUUUUUAACGAAAUGAGCUCAAGGGGGACAGUACAGAGAGAGUUAACUAUUCUGCUAUGCCAACCACUUCCCUAAACAAACUGCCUGUAAUAGCUUUCGGUGAGCAAAGGGCAAUAAACGUUUGUCCUUUGUCAUCUGUUCAGCCAAGGUGCGUGCUCAUCAAAUAGAUGGUACAGUGUUAAGCCCACCAAUCCUGUUCCUUCCUUCCCUGACUCACUGUAUCUCAGGAGAGAAUGCCUCACCUUUUCCAGAAGGUUAUACAAUCAGUAUUAUGUCAUUUCCUUAAGCUUGAUCUAUUUAUUGUUCCUUGACCUGUUGUAAGACUUUGUUAAUAUUAAUAGGAAAACUGUUGAUCAUAGUGAUCUGCCACUAUGGAGCCAGUAGAUUUCUUUUCUCCAAUAAGAAGACCAAGGCAGAAGUAAAUACUUGUUUGAGAGGAAAAAGGCAUCUAAGUGUGGGUUCUAAGAGCUUUUGUCCUCUUUCAGUGUUAUAAAGCUGGUUCACCCAAGCAUGGGAGGGAUCUUCUUUGUACCUGUUUGCACUAGUUUUAUUAGUUCCUGCACAGUAUCCACCAGCUUUUGCUUGUACAGUAUUUAGUGUAACAGUUCCAUGGCCUGCAAAACAUGACCAUGUCCAUUCUUUUCAAAGGUCAAAUAACCCAAGAAAUGGAAAUCUCGUCACGGUCUUAGUACCAAGUUCAUGAAGAAUUUUUUUUUCAAUUAUAUACCUCUCAGUGUGUGACUACUUUUACAAUAGGAACAUCCAUAAAAACUCAGUUAACAUUGGACUGAAUAGCUCCUUUCAAGGUAUCUUACCUGGCUCAAACUGUGGGAUUUCUGCUAGAAUGUAUGCCAGCUGAAGCAGAGACAUUCUUAGUACAACAAAAGACUGCCAGAACUCUUGCUGUUCUCUUAAGUGUUUUAUUUCUAUUUUUUUUUAUCUAGAUGGAUUGUUUUUUGUUUUGUUUUGAAAAAACUAAUAGCUGUUUUAGAAAAGUCCCUUUUCUGAAAUAUAAAAGAAAUUGUGCACAUCUGAGGUAUGGAUACUUGUGAGUUAAUAUUUUCCUAAUUUUCAUUAGAAACUGUGUAAGGAAUUGCAUUACAGAAAAAAGGAUAACAGAAAUCGUGCUUAUGUCUUGAGUUACAAAAAGUACUGUGAUUUUUCUCAAUCUCUGAUGUGGCAUAAACCCACAGUGUGGAUUAAAAACCAUGCAGAAACUGGAACUGGCAAAAGCUACCUGUUUGACUAGCUACAGGAAUAUGGUGUUUCUUAUCCAUGAUUCCUCAGCACAUGCCCAUUCCUGCACACACACUCUGAGCAAAAAAAAAAGUCCAUUUGGGUCAAAGAAUGUUGCUGCUCCACUCCUCCUGGAAGCCGUGCUGCCAUUUUAGAUACCUAGUGCUGCUUCCAACUGAGCCAGGUUUGCUAGAGGCAUACCCACUUAAUUGUCCUUGUUGCAGCAGCUGAAGUACUUGUCACAUGGACUCAUAACUGUUGUGUAAGCAGUAUCUAAAUUGGUAAUUUAAAUUCUCAUUGCAUGUAUUGCUUCUCGGCCUUUUGGCUAAGAUGUGUAAACAUGCUCUCGGAGCGCGAUUUGCGGAAAGGUAGGGGUCGGGUCAGUAGGCUGUAUUGGCGUCAUAACGGUUCCCAAGUCAGUACCCUGACAUACGCGGGGCGUUUCUCCUGACUGCCCAAUGCUCGGUCCUUGCCUGGAAGCGUCGCACAUGCUCCCGAUCAAUUAAUAUCUAUCUGAAAUUUUGUCACUUUAGUAUAAAUAUAUCACAAAAAUUAAUAGAAAAUAAAUAUUAAAAUGUAUAAAGAGGUUUUUUUUUUAGUGUCUCUUCUCUGAUGCUGAAGUAUUUCAGACUCAGUAGAAUUGUAGAUUCUCAGUAAAUGAUGAGAGAGCAAUUGGCAAGCCCUGAGCAGAAUCCUCUUGAUAGGAGCAAAUCUGGAUUUGCCUCAGUGUGUCCAAAAUGAGCCUCUGCCCUAACUUUGUAGACCAUGUAAAAUGAAACUGAAAGUUCUGAGUAGCCUCUCUUCUUGCAACUUCCAGAAGAGUGAGAUUCCAGUCUACAAUUUACACCACCAGCACUAGUUGUAUUGGUUAGAUUGCCACCAUUCCUUUGUGCAGUGAGUGGUGGCACAAGACAUCUAUAUUAAAAAUACAAAACCUUUCAUUUAAGAUUUUUAAGUAACGUGAAAGGCUGCAGCGCUGCUUAUUUUUGUAGGGACUAAAUACACACGGUCUUAUCCAAUCUUUCUGCAUCUGUUGCUUAUUCUGUACGUCAGGCUUCCAGUUUGUAGCUUUUUAUUUUGCUUACCUGGAUAGUAUCAGCAUUCCUGUCACCUUUUAAAAAAAAAUGGGGGAACAGAUUGUGGUCUGUGUCUUGCCCAUUUAUUUUUGUGCUAUAUAUUAUUUUUAUUUGAGUGUUCAAAUGCCCUGGGUAUUCACUUUCUGUAAUUUAAAAUACUCCAAGCAAGGUGACGUUUUCACUAAUAAUGUACCAGUGCUUCAUUGUGAUCACUGUAGUACAAUAACACAGCAUUUUAAUUGUGCAGUGAGAAUGAUAUGUCCCUGGUUUAGGAAGAGGAUAAGUCAAUCUCCCAGUAAAAUUAAAUUGUAUACGGAAAUUGUACUGCUAGGAUCUUUUCAAGAUAAUAGAAAAUUUUCUGUCAAAAUCAUCCCCUUGUCAAAAAUAUGAGGGAGAUUAAUUUCAGUAUUCUACUUGAGGGAUUAUUUCUUGAUUUUAGUGCUCUAGGUUGAGAGACUGUUUUGCUCAGACUUUUUUCUCCUGUGUUUUAUCGUCAACAAGUGAACUGCACUCAGACUUGGGACUUACACAGGUUACUGGACAGCAAGCCAACGUGUGAAUCUGUAGUACAAUAGCUUGCUGCAUUGUUACAUUGCUUGUGAAUACUGCUGUGGUGCAUUCUGGGACUUUCAGGCAUUAUUGCACAGCAAGAUAUGCACUAUAGAUUCACUCCCUGCCUUGCCAUGAUUGAGUAACUUUCCAUAUAGACAGGCUUGGAAUAUCCAGAAAAACAAGCUGAAGUGCUUUUCAGCUUGAUUUUUUUUUUAAUGUUGGGAGUCCUUGAUUCCACAGUCUCGUCUGAAGUGUGUUUCAUUUUCUGAUCUUUGGGACUAAUAAUAACACUGAAAUCAAAGAUAGAACAUCUGUGGUGUUUGUCAAAUAACUGCACUGAAUUAAUUACAGUGAGAGUUGCAACACAAAAUCUCAGGUAAGGAUGAGGAUUGAAUAGCAAUUAGACAUUAUUUUCUUGUUUACCUAUUCAUUUGGGUUUUAAGUUUUGAAAUAACAAACAAGUUCUGUAGUUCAGGAUAUGAAACUCACUUCUAGAGUGGCUUUACACAAAAAUGAGUUGGAAUUGGAGGGAACACUUUUUGUAGUUUGUCUAAAGUUUUCUUUUUUCUAGGCCAGCAACAAAGUAAUGGGUGUAGGGGAGAGAUUUUUAAAACAAAAGUUGAAGACUGAGCUCUUGCAUCCUUUUCUCCAGUUGCCUUUGAUCUCCUGCAUCUUCAGACUAGUUUCUAUGGUGGGAUCUAUCAGAAUUUCGGCAUAAAUGGUCUUUUAAAUUUUCUUGGCAAAUAAACAGCCUCCCGUUACUUAAAAAACACAGCUCAGGCCCAGUAUAUGCUGGUGAGAAGGCCACAAAGAAAUACAUCUUGUGUUUUGUGCCCUGGCUAAUCCAUUCUUUUUUUGAUCAUUACUCCUGGAGCUUUUUGUGCCUUAUUAUGUAUAUUAAAAGCUCCUGCCCUGUGUUUUUACAGUGUGCACUUAAAAGCUAAGAAAAGUUAAAGUUUGUAUACUGUUGAUUUCUCUGAGUUUGUAAAAAAAAAUUGGACGAUUCCAGGAGACUCUAUUCCUCAUCACUAGUCAGUAUUAAUCUUGGAACUAGCUUUUCUGUAUUGCAGCAAUAUAAAGAUAAAUACACUGCUCGAAAGUGUGUGUGUGAGAGUGUGUGUUACUCCCUGUUACAGCAAUGUCACUUACUACACAAUUUUGCUAUACUCCCAUAGAACUUACAUAGCAUCUAUAAAGUCGGUACUUUAAGUAAUACAUUUGACCAGUCUACUACUGAUUGCUAUAAGUGAUCACCAUUUACACUGGAAUUAGCAUAUUAACUAAUGCUGCAGUGAAAUCUGAAAGGGUAGGUGCUACCAGUGUCGAUGCAAUAUUGAAUAUUCUAUAUUCAAAAUGGCAAAAGAGAGAAAGCUACUGGACUGCUGACCUUCACUCCACUGAGGAACGAUAUGGAAAAGUAGUGUGGUGGCUAGAGUAGAGAUUUUUCUCUACCGUCCAUCCUUAACACUAACCACUGCAAGAAUACAAUUGACAAUAAAUAGGAUAAAAGCUUUGCUACAGUUUUUGUGAACUAGAGAAAUGUAAGUGGAUCUCUGUCUUUGAACAACAAGAAAACCAUUCUAAACUGGGCAUUGACCAUCAGGAUAGCAUGUCUUGUCCACAUUAAGCAGAGAGCUGCCAAACUUCAUCAUGCACCUCUUAAAAGUCUAACACCUCCAUGGCAUCUUUGUGUUCUAACUUGCCUUGUAAGGCAACCAAGGAUCUUUUAGUCUAAAAACGACAAGGAUAUAAACCUGACAUUUUCUCAUGUCCUUUAUUUCAUUUGCAUGUGGCAAUGUGGUUCUCAUGAAAGAUACUUAACUUUGCAUAGCAAGAAUUCCUGCCCAUCAAUAGAGUAAUAUAUUGAGUUGUGAGUAAUUAGCGCUGCCUUUGUUGCUUUAAAAAAAAAUCAAACCACUAUGAAUUUUUCCUUACUGAAAUUUGCUAACUUUAUGAACAUUAUUGCAGCUGAAGAACCUUCUGAGUGACACAGUUGUAUAGUGGUGUGCUUGCGAGUCAUCCUGAACUUUGUGGGUGUGAGCGCCUGUUCUGUAGCUCAGCUUUGUGCUCGAGCUGUAACCACACAGAAAAGCAUGAAGGGGUUUAGCCGUGCUGUUACACUGUAUGUAUGCUGUUUAUCUUGCCACAAAAAGUAUUUUUUGUAUGCACCGAAAAUAAACUUUUAAAGGAAUGUCCACGAA